CAUCGGAUACCUAGUUUCCUAUGUAUGAUAUGUAUAUAUAUAUAUAAGUGUUGGGUAUCGCCGCAUUCUAACUAUCUUGUUGUUGAUGUCUAAUGUUGCACAUUUGAAUCAACAACUCAACACUGCCAACACAUCUUUAACUAAACAUAAAACCAUAUCAGCCUUAUCUCUGACUUAUAUCUACUGCCUACUGCAAAUAAGCUCACCCAGGUCAAUAUCAAAACCUGAGACUUACUUUACAUCUUUAAUAAUUCAUCAUGUCGGGCAACGAUGCAAGCAAUACCUCUGCUGAAGUCAAACAAUACUUCUUGAUCACAAAUGUUACGGCAUUCGAUGAUGAAAACACCAAAUUCGAUCUUCAAGCUGAAGCAUGGAGACUACCAUAUAGUAUCGACGACUCUGAUUUGACUUUCGACGGGACACCAUUAAACAUGUUGUAUGAAGAGAAUCGAUACAUGGCGGAAGAAGGUGUCACCAAUUACUCACAUGAUUCCAAAUCACAUGACAGAUCUACAGAGCGCGGAAGAAGUCGCCAGAAGGAGUAAAUUAAUUUUACAGUAAUAGCUACGAGCUUAUCGUUUUAAAAAUGCUGUGAGAUCUUCUACUCUGCAACAACUUUCUACUCGAAAUGGAACACAAUGGACGCAAAAGAAUUUUACGAUAUUGCUUCAAUCUUUGUCUUAUUGAUCGAAGUAAUUCUCAUGAGAGGCAUAGUAUGCAGCUUUUCGGAUAUAACUCGAAUCCUCAAGGAGCCAAAUAUUGGCAUUCCCAUUCGUGAGGGGGGUGCAUGAGCGCUUUCUAGUUCCGCUUGGGGCAGUGGAAGAAAUCUUCUUGGAUUUAGAGAAAGCUUUGGAUUAAUAUUAUGGAUGAGAAUACCGAAUCAGACUCACCUUUCUGGAAAGCACGCUAGGAGAACUCCAAUUGAGAUCCCAUCAUCAAUCGUUAUCCGCCCGAUGAGCUUGAAAUAGCAGACAUCAAAUCAACGCAUUCGUAAGACAACUGCUUGGAAACGUCGUACCUGUUGCAAAUGCCAUCAAGAAGAAAAGAGCGAGCCAGGAGUCUGGUUUGGCAGAAGGGAUUUGUCGAACUUCGAUUGAUCGCCUCGACACUCACCGGCCCUCGUUGUGUUUCUUUCACCAAUAGCACCAACUCUAACCGCUCACAAGCGAG